AUGAGAUCCAAUAUCAAGUAAACACAUUAUGUACUUGACUUUUCUGACAUUGAAGACAUUUCUGACAAUAUAUCUGAGUCUUCCUCAUAUUAACAUAAUCAACCUCCUGUCUCACCUCCUAGAUCUGACAUUAAAUCAUUACAAUAAGGCUCAUCACUUCAACCUGUUAAAAAAGAAACAGUAGAAAUACCUUCUCUAAUAAUUUAACAUGAAGAAGAUUAAAUUCCAAGAAGAAAAAUUGAUAAUAAUCUUAUUUAAAGAUGGGAAGUGAAUUUUGAUGAAUUAUCAGAAUAUGAAGAGCCAGAAUCUACUCCAGAAUCUAUUUAAUUGUAGAAAGAAUCCAGUCCUCCAGUAGAAGAACCUCAAUAUAUAGAGUAAUUUUUUGAAGAUCAAUAAAUAAUAGAUGAAGUAGAAAUAGAUCAAGAUUAAUUGAUCUUAGAAAGACCUAAAGAUGUUUAGAAAUAAACUCUAAUAAUGAAAUAAGAAUUUUAAUUAAAAGAUAAAUUAAAUGCUAAUAUAUUGACAAAUCCUAUCAAUUUAUCAUAAAAGGAAUACUUAAAUGAUUGUAAUACUAUUACUCCAAAAAAGGAUAUCAAUUAAGAUAUUCAAAUAUCCAAGUGUAAAUAGAUUGUCAAGUAGAAAUUUUAUAAUCCAAAGAACUCUUUAAUAUAUUUAAGAUUGAGAGGUCGAGAAGAUCUAUAUAAGAGAAAUGAGAUUGUAGUUGAUGAAACAUAAAAACCAUAGGAAGUCGAUCAAUUGCUUGAAGGAUUAGAUUGCAUAAAUAAUUUACUUAUAGAUUUAUCAAAUGUUAAGGAAAAAAAAAAGAAUGAAGUUGAUAAGAACAAAUAAGUUCCAUUACAAAUACAAAAACAUAGAGUAGAUUAAAAUAGUGUAAAUAAUACAGAAAAAAAAAGUAUUAAAAUAGUAUAAAUUAAAGAAUAAAAAUAAUAAGAAAAUUAGUUAGAAAUAUAAAAAUUAUAAGUAUAGAAAUAAUUAGAAUCUGCUUAAAAAUAAUAAUUAUAGAGAUAGAUAGAAUCUGCUUAAAAAUAAUAACUUUAAUAAGAAGCUGCAUUGGCUAGAUAAAUAAGAAAAGAAAUAUAGUAAUAAGAGAAGGAAAUUAAAAAAUAAUAAGAAUAAAAGUAGGUUUACAAGAUUUUAACUAAAAAAUUGAUUAAUUAAGGAUUGCCUUUAUAUAGAUGUUUAUUAAGAUAAAAAUAGAAAGAUUUUAUUAAAUGGUUAAGAUUUUCAGAAAUUGCAUUAAUAAAUGAAGGUGAAAAAGAGAUAUAUAGAUUUGAGAAAAGAUUAUCAGAUCAAAUGUUUCUAUAGAUCCAUAAAUAGAAUAUGAAAUCAAUUAUAAUCACUAAAUAAUAUAUGUUUGAUCCUAUAACAUUACAUUAUGUUAAAACAAAAGAGAAUCAUUAAGAGAAUACAUCUCUUGAAAAAGAAAAAUAAAUUAAAUAAGAUUAGGAUUAAAAGAUUAUUAGUAAUAAAAUUAAUAGUGAGUGUAAAAUACAAAAAGAAAAGAAAUAAUCAAAGUAAAAGAAAUUAACAAAAUAGGAUUCAUCUGAUUGUGUUGAAUUAUUGGAGGAAGAUUAAAAUAAAUAAUCUAUAAUUAACAAAGAAAAAGGUAUUUAAUCUAAUAGUGAUGAUGAAGAUUUUGAUUUAUUGGAUGCAGACAGAAUCUAGAUUUUAAAGAUAGUUAUUGAUAAACGAAAAUAUAAUAAUAGAUAAUAGUUAUAAUAAUAAAAUCAACUUAUUUAACCUUCAGAUGAAUAUAAAUAACCUGAUGAUGGUGUAAUAGUGAGAUAAAGAAUAGAUUAAUAAAAUGAGCAUUUUCAAAAAGAAGAAUAAUAUCCUUAGAUUUAAUAGGAAUAAAAAGAUAAUUUAUAUCUUCCAGUAAAUAUAUCAGGUUAAGGGAUUAAUAAUUAAAAUAAAAUAAAAUAGAAAAAACAUAGAAAUUAUAAAUAUAAAGAAUAACCAUUGAGUAGAUUAGAAACAAAUGAUGAAAUAAAGAAAAAGGAGAAAAUUUAUAAUAAAAGAAAAGAGAAAAAGAAGUAAGAUUUUUUAUAAUUAUUGAAUGAGAUUGAAAUUGAACAAAAAUAAUAAUAAUUAAAGGAAGAAGAAUAAAAGAGAAAAUAAAAAGCCAUAUAAUAAUAGAAUAAGGAUAAAUCAAGAGUAUAAAAUUUUGAAUAAAAAAAUAGAUUAAAGAAUUUAGAAUACUUUUAAUAAUAGCAAGUAAACCCUAAGAUCUAAAAAGAUCAGAGAAUUAAUGAGUCUAAAAUUGAUAGAAUAAUAGCUAAAUCAGAAAUUAAAUAAGAUCUUUAAAGUUGUAAAUUAUCAUAUGUUGCCAGAUAGUCAUCUGUUGAGAAAGGAAUUAUUUCCAUUAACAAACUGUUUGCAGAAACUUAACUAAAAAGGUUAAGGAGGAAUGAAACCGAUAGUGAUGAUUCAGAUGAGUUUCCAUAAGUUGAAAGGAAUAGAAAUUAUUUAAAAAAAUCAAAGAAGUGA